AUGGAUUCCACAUAUCGCCCGUCCUUUGCAAGGCCGAAACGGAAGAUUAAUGAUGUGGACUCGGAGGAAGAAGAGGAAGAGGCUUACGCGAGGCCCUCAUUCGGGUUUCAGGGGUUUGCGCCUGCUUCGAACCGUUCACCAUCCCCUCCGACCAUGGCACCCAAAGCAGCUCGCCCAGCAUGGAAGAAUCCAGCAAACAACGGAAAAUCAGGAAGCGGAGGAAAGUCUACCCCCAUGGUAGCCAACAGCUUUGCUGCUCGCAUGAUGGCGAAGAUGGGCUACGUGGAAGGUCAGGGUCUUGGUACAAGUGGGCAGGGUAUCCUCAACCCUGUGGAAACGGUCCUCAGACCCCAGGGAGUGGGAUUAGGUGCAGUCAGGGAGAAAUCGCAACAGGCAAAAGAUGAAGCCAAACGAGAAGCUGCUAGGAGGGGAGAGGUGCUCGAAACAAGCUCUGAUGAAGAACGCAAGCUGCGUAAAAAGCUCAAAGAAAGGAGACAGCGAGAAGGGACCAGCGGUGGGAGCGGAGCCAGUACACCCAGAGGUCCAGCAAAGCAGAAAUAUAGGACAGCACGCGAGAUUGAAGCCGAUGCGGCUGGACUGGCGGUUCCUAACGUUCUAAAAUCCUUGGUUGAUGCUACCGGCAAGGAACAAAAGCUCUUGACAUCAACAGCUGGCCUGAUGACUCCUAUGGAAUUUGUCAAUGCAAAUGAGGGCGAGGCUUGGAAAAUCGCUCGACGCGCUCGUCAUGACCUUGAAGCAUUUGCUGAUGAAUGGAAAGGCCUCGGCGAGAGGAAGAAGUUUGUUGAACUCGAGGAAGCCCAGAUCGUUGACGAAAUGGACACCCAGCAAUCCAAGUUGGAAAAUAUUACUGCUUUAACACAUGCUAUCGAAGGGCUAGAAAUCCUGGGUUCAGACGACAGCCUCGACAAAAGAUGGGAAGAAGUUACUAAGAGAUUGGAAGAGAUUGAAACAACCUAUCAAGACUUGAUCGAUGAGUGUCAACUUUCCGAAGUUGCCGUUGCUGCCGUCCAUCCUCUGUUGAAAGAGUCUUUAGAGGAGUGGACCCCUCUGUCCAAUCCCAAGUACCUAACCUCAAAUUUCCGCCGUUUACAUAGAUUUAUGUCCCGAACUAAAAAGCCAAACGUCGAAACACAAAAAUACCGUCAGUCAACUACACCCUAUGAGACUAUGAUGUAUUCUUUGUGGCUCCCCAGAGUUCGGUCCUCUUUAUUGAACGAAUGGGAAGUCCUUGUCCCCGGUCCCGCAACUUCACUUAUGGAGGAAUGGAAAGACCUUCUACCUGGCUUUGUAUAUUCCAAUAUACUAAAUCAGGUAAUCGUUCCUAAGCUCACCACAGCACUGAAAUCCUGGAGGCCGAAAAGCAGUAAGCACAAUGGGUCAUCACAGCACUUUCCGUGGUGGCUCUUCGACUGGCUACGCUAUCUCGACGAGCACCACACCGACCCCAAGGCGCCAACUGGUCUUAUGUCGGAUGCAAAGAGGAAGUUUCGAGUCUUGUUGGACACAUGGGACCUGGGUCGCGGCCUUAUACACAAAAUUGAAGUGUGGAAAGAAGUUCUGGGCUCAGAAUUUGACAAAGCUUUACAGAAUCAUCUUCUACCGCGGCUUGGUCGCCAUCUGCGGGAAGAGUUUGACGUCAAUCCACAAGAUCAAGAUUUAACUGCUUUUGAAGAUGUGAUGAAGUGGAAGGCGUUCUUUAAGCCCAAUGUUCUAGGACUUUUGCUUUCGGCCGAGUUUUUCCCAAAGUGGCAUGCUAUCUUGCACCUUUGGCUCACUUCGGAACCAAAUUACGAUGAAGUUGGUCAAUGGUUCACUUGGUGGAAAUCACAAAUAGCCGACGAAAUCAACUCCGUUCCGGAAGUUUCACAGGAAUGGAACCGCGGACUUGAAAUGAUCAAUCUUGCUCUCGACCUCGGAGACAAAGCCAAGACCGAUCUACCACCGCCGGCUUCCUCUUCAUCUCAUCAAAAACCAUCACAUCACAAACACCGGGACAAGCAUGCAAAUGGAAAGCCCACGAAACCGCAAAAGGUGCAGAUAGAGGAACCAACAUUCAAAGAUAUUGUCGAGGAAUGGUGUGGCGAUGAGGGUCUCAUCAUGGUUCCACUUCGUGAGGCCCAUUUGCAAAGCGGCCUUCCUCUGUUCCGAAUCACGGCCAGUGCCAAUGGGAAGGGCGGUGUCCUCGUCUACCUGAAGGGAGACGUGGUGUGGGCGCAAAACAAGAAGAUUAAGGACACAUGGGAGCCUACAGGGCUGGAUGCAGGGCUUGUUUCGCGUGCAGAAGGGAAUUGA